AUGGAUAGCUUCGCUAUUAGCGAUUUAGAAGUACAGUUUUACUAUUUACUCGCCUGCUUAUUGUCCUUUAUUAAGAAGCUAUUCGUUGCUUUUGCUGCCUACGGCCUACAAUCGCCUUCUAAACUAUUUUCGAAAUUUAGAGAGUUAAAUUCCUGGUUUAACGCUGCUAAGAAACAACAGUUCUUAGAAAGAAUCGAUAUACCUAAAAGAAGGAGGAGGAGGAGAAGAUUCGGAUUGAGUAAAGUUAGAAGGAGGGUAGUAAACGUUAUAUUUCCGAUAAAGAUGAGGCUCUUAUUGUCCCCGGAUAGGGAGCAAUUUGGCUAG